AUCUGCUCUAAUUUAAAGCAUUGUUGUCAUUGGGAAUUCGAUUUUCAUAAUAGCAAGCUAGGACUCAUGGUUGUUUAGCUAAAUUAGCAAAUCUGUUUGGUGACCAAGGUAACUACUGUAGCUAUCUAGUAAACUAACUUGCUAGCUACUUAUUUGAUGUUGAACACAUUUCUAGUGGCAUAUGUGUUAAAUUAAAGCCAUGGGAUAAAAGGGAUAAUCAACACGGGGCUCUAUGCGUUCUCUGGAAAAUGAACAAGUAGAAAUAGCCUGGUAAAGAUGGAUUCAGGGGAAAUGUUUACCUGGGGACUCAAAGGUGAAAACAUCAAAGAGAGAGAACAAAUGAAUGUGAAGCUCUCUCUCUCUCUCUGUCUGCCUCUCUCUCUCUACUGUCAUAGACCCUACUGUAUAGGAAAAUAUACUCCUUUAAACUUCCACUUUAAACUUUGCAAGUUUGCAAUAGAAUGAAUUGCAAGAGGAUGUGAUCUGUUGGUCAGUGUUAUCAAARCAUCUGCUGGUUUAUCAUGAGAGCUACUCAGACCUGCGUUUCCUGAGUAACUGUUAGGUCACCCUAUAGGUAGUUUCCACACUGCCUUUCUGUGUCUGAAGGGACUCAGUCCACACAUCAAGCUGUAAAAAGGACAGACUGACAUAUAUCACAAACGGGACUGAUUGACAUUAUGUGCUUGAUCUUAAGGAUAGCUUUUCUCUUGGUCCAAGUAAGAGGUCACUGUUACACCUCCAUCAACUCAGCCCAUGUGGACCAAACAAUCCGUCCGGGCCACAGCUUCAGCCUGGCCUGUGAGUUUGUCUGCCUGCAGCCCAGCCAUGCGAUGCAGUGGUGGAAGGAUGGCCAGGUGCUACUUAACGCUAGCUCCAUCCUGCCCAACAUUACUCUGUCUAUGCAUGUGAGUGGAGCUGGAGAGAAGGACAGUGGGAACUAUAGCUGUAGGACAGAACCACCUGAUGCCCUGGGCACCACAGCUGUUAUUACAGUGGGAGUUUCUUUCCCCCUAGACCUCCCUACCUCUGGGCCCUCUGUCAAUACCCUUGAGCCCACAGUAGAGCCAAAGCACAUACCCUGCGAGGUGGAUAGGGUUGGGGUUUCCAGACAAGGUGUUCUAGAUGUUGUGAUGGUGUGGUACCUACUGUUGAAGGCUAUAUUUCUCAUCCUCAUGGUGACCACUAUAGCUCUGGUUCUAGCCUGCAGGCUCCGCUGAAUACAGUAUGGCUCUCAAGCGUAUAACAUGCUGCCAUGCGGCUUUGCUUCCAGCUAUUGUUGAAUUUUAACAGCACAUGCUGUGGAACGCUGUAAAUCAACUUCAAGUGCCAGUGAUCUUAGUUUAAAAUGUUGAUGGAACAGUUGGUUUUGAUCUGUGUAUUGUGUUUGUUCAAUUAUAACUUAGAUAAACUUAGAUAUAACUUAGCCUACAUGAUUAACUAUUUGGUAUAAUUAUUUCUUCAAACCUGUACUGCUCCUGCAAUAAACUGUUUUUUUCUCCAUUUUAUUUAGUCACAUCAG